AUGGAGGUCCUGCGGAAGUCUUCAGUAUUCGCCGCAGAGGUUCUUGAUGUAUUUGACCGCUCGCUGACCGAGAAGGAGCUGGUGUCCCAGUCUAAGGCCCUAUGCAGAGACUACAUACUAUCCAGACUCAACCAGAACGGACUUGGAUGGUCCAAAACUGAGCUCAAUCUCUCUCCUUCAAAUGCAGCGUUGGCUGAGGUGUCUUUGGUUCUUCUCUGUUUAGGUAAGAAAGUAGCUGAGAAGCAGUAACAUUUUUACAUGUCUGCUGUACAUUCAAGGCUGGGGUCUUUACCUCUCAGUGAACUUUGAACCUCAUAUGUCCAGGAGAAGAUGACUUGAGUUAGAUGAAAUGGUCACACAAUAGUUUAGUUUUUGAAACCAGUCAGUUUCCCCCUGUUUUUACUGUAAAGUCUACAUUCAUGAUAACGUUCAUGGAUAGCAACAAUUUCAUGUUUCAGUCGUUCAUAAACAGGAUGUUUUGGAUAUCAUCAACAUCUCAUAAUAUAACCCUGAACCAUGCAAAGCCAAAAGCUUUACAUGGUUCAGCUUCUCUUCAUAUUCCCUUAAAAUAUGCCAAUGUGGAUCUAAAAUGUAUGACUUAAAACUAACUAACAGAUCUGAGAGCUUAUCCUCCUCCUUCAAAGUUUUAACUGCUUUAGCAUAAAAUGAAAAUAAGUUGAAGAAACUAAUGUGUAUUAUCAUUGACAGUCUUAGGGUUUGGCAAAAUCUUGUUCAGGGUGUGGAUCCCAUGUUUAAGUACUCAUACAAGAAGAAGUCACAGAGUCAAAAAUGCUGGUGUUUUUCACUGAAAUUUGAGACUACAAUUAGAUUUGAAUUGCAGCACUUCAAAGUAAAAGACUUAACUUCUAAACCCAAUCACACUGUCUGCUCUCUAAAAGGAUAGUAAUUGAUAAAUUGCUUUUAUUAGCUACAAACACUAAAAGCUGAGGUGUGUCUUUCUUACGUGAAGCCAGUGUGAGAUUACUGUUGUGACAGUGAUCUUAUUGUUAAUCCUGAGAGUAAAAUACAGGGUUUUUGUGCUGUAAUCUACUUUUAGAUAAAAGAAGGCAGGGAGAGGUGAUGACUCAAGAGACCAAGAGGAAUUUAUUGAUUCAUAUACUUCCUCUUUUGGUUAACAUUGUUCUGUUCUGUACGCUUGUAUUGAUAGUUAUGGAUCAUAACUAAAAUUUCGGAGUGUAUUUUCUCAGUAAUUUGAAUAGACAUCUUAAAAAUCUCCAUCGUUUGUACUCAAAGUCUUGUGAUCGAUUCAUAAGCAAAUAUUUAGGCGUUAUCAUUUGAAAUGAAAAUGCUGAUCUCAGCUAUCACUAUGUAUUCUCUAGUACAGCAAUAUCCAUUUUAUUAUUAUAUGUAUUUUGUAGGUGUGAUAUAGUAGUACAUAUUUUUCAUUUUUACAUCAGUAGCUGAAUUUCUGCACUUUAUGAGUAAACUCUGAUAAUAAGUUGACUUCCGGGGUUUUUACCUUUUGCACAUUUUCUGGGUGAGGCCCCAUAUAACCUCUGUACAUGAAUUCAUGCCACGUGUUUUUGUGUGAAAGAACAAUUUACAUCCAGGGUUGAGUUGUAGUGAAUGUUGCAGUAUGAACUGUAAAACAGUCUGUAUAAUCCAGAGUCUUUCUAACUUCAGUUUCAAACCAAAUCUACAUUUUGGUUUCUAUCUAUCAUUCUAUGAUUUUCUAAACAGACUUUGAUGCCUCUCUUUCUGUCUGUGCUUUCUGUCUUGUUACCUAGGUGAUGAGCUGGAGUGUAUGCAGCCCAGUUUGUACAGGAACGUGGCACGGCAGCUCAACAUUUCUGUUGCUAUGGAGAAUAUGGUUUCGGAUGCCUUCAUCGGCGUGGCAACAGAGAUCUUCUCAACAGGUACACAGCUGUUUUCUGGAGGUGAUGAUGAGAGGGUGAUGAUUCUGAAGAUGUAGCACAGUGUUUGCUGAUCAAGAUGGAAAAGAAAAAUGUAUGUUUUAGCUGAGUACAUACACUCAGCACUGGAAGUUAAACAGAAGUUAUUUAAACUUUCAGUUUUCAUGAGUUUUGAUGCAGGUUUUAUAGGCUGAGAGAAAAAACAUGGUUCCAGCUGAGACCAGGGUCCAUAAAAACAGUUGACCAGUAUUCAUGUCACACAUGGAAAAUGGGAGAAAAAAAGUGUAAGGUCCGUGGAAAUCUUGCCUGAGAAAACUAAUAAACUGUUCUCCUUAUUUCCAAAACAGAUGACAUUGCUAAUGUGAGUCUCAUCAAAUUCACAAUAUCUUUUGGACGGUAGUUCUAAGAAUAGGAUACAGGCUGUAAAAAUCCCAAAUUAAUAACACCCAGUGAACCUGCAGGCUAGAUGACAUAAAGGUAAUUCAGUCAAGACCAUUUUCAGAAAUAGAAAAAGAUUUGUAUGCAAUAGUUUGGAGACCUCCUGCCCCUCCACAUGAUUACGUGGAAUGCCAAAACCUGCAGAAGGAAGAGCACAUCUUCCCAUAGUUGAAUGUGCAUACAUGAAAAGUCAAGGCAGGGAGAGAAGCAACAACCAAGACCCUCGAGAACAGAAUAGUGCUGGCAUCAGCGACAAUACAUCUGACACUGAUGAAAUCUGGCACAGCAAGAGAAGACAGCUGAUAUGGGCGAGUGUUAGGAUCAGGUGAUACACUUUGGGCUGAGCUUUACUUUGUGGCCUGCCUGAACAAACACCACACUAAAUCAUUAGAAGUGGAGUGGUCAAAACUUGAUUUGAUGGAAAGAAUAGUAUAUUUUUCAUGUAAAAGUAUUCUAGCUGCUUUCUUUACUACAAGGUGGACAGAUAAUGCUGCUUUUUUCUUGUCUUGUUUCAAAAAAGUUGAAUAAUGUAAAAUUUGUUACCAUGUUUGGUUUAGUUAUUUGAGAUGAUGUUCGAGCUGGCUUGUUUCACACACAAAAGAUUAAGGUUUAAGAUUCAGCUUUGGCUUACAGUGCUGGUUUCAGAUGUUUCGACUGUGUGUUUGGCAUUGUUUGAAGAGUUUAAAAAUGAAUGGAACUUGGUUAAAACUACAAAUGGAAGCGUUAACAUUAUCAAGUCAAACAUUAGCUUAUUAUAUGUGUACGGUACUGCUUUUAUUUUUUUGCCAUCAGAUUUGUCCUCUCAAAUUAAUAGUCCACUUAUAAAAAAAAUGUCUAAAGGAGUGGGGACCCUGGAAAAACCAUUGAGUUUGUGAAAUAUUCUACUUAUGGGAUGCUGGAGUCAAGUUAUUUCACAUGAGCAGCCGUCUUGCUUGUCACUGAAAUGUCUUAAAUCCAUUUACAACUGACCCAUUUUAGAGAAGGGGUUGUAACUGGCCUGACCUGAAUCAGGUGUAACAGAGAUCAGCUUGAGCAGGAGGGAUGAGAUUGUAAAGACAAAAAAAGUAAAAAAAAAAAAAGUUUGCAGAUGUUUGGAAGUGUUUUUGCCGGCUGUUAUCAGCUUUAAUAUCUCCAUACUGUUGGGUCUACAUUCAGUUCACAGAGCAGCUUACAUGACUGUAGAUUUGAAGUCUCGUUAGGUUACAGAAGGUUUAUAUAUUGGAUUUUUUAAUUUUCAUAUUUGAAUAAUAGAUACAAUAAACUCAAAUGUAAAAUGUUUUCUUAAGACUUGGGUUCUGUCAGCCCCUUUGGUGCUUGACUGGACUUGAAUAUCUUCAGUCUUUUCAAACUGUAUGUCUUGUUUGUACUGGCUCUCAGUUUUGUUUUUAGUUGUCACGGCAACGAAUCUGGUGUGUACGCCGUAAGCAGCAGUGACAUUUUAAAGUAUCCAAAUAAAAAGAGCGACUUUAUGCCUUUUGUGUGUGAGCCUCUGGGAAGGAUUAGACGGUCUGACUGCAGUGUGAUGCAAGAGUAAAUUUGGACUUGUUUCCUGGAAAGAUCAAAAAGAGACUCAGUCGAUAUAAUUUUCAUGCCUGUGUUCUGGCAAAGCUUGUGCUUUCUUUGACGUCACGAGGAUGCAAUUUUUGAACACAGCGUGGGAUUCCUCCUGAAGAAUAACAAACUGGUGAACCCGUGCUGCCCCUGCCUUCUGGGACGGGCUGAAACAGGAUAAAAAUAGCAACAAGUAUUGGACUUUGUUUUCCCUGCUGUUCAGAGUUUAUUUCAUAACCACCUCUUUGGCUUUCUUCCUUCCUUUUAUGUUCCUAACAUGAGUCUAGAGACAACAGAGAACUAUAUGUUUGGUGAUUGUUUGAAUCAUAACCACAAACUUAUUUGGCCCAGAUCUGAGCUCUGCCUCCUUUCAUAGAAAACCAACAUGGUUUGUCUUCCCUUUAUCUAUCUUUGUCUGCCUCCUACUUCUCUCCUCUCUUUUUCCAUCCUCCUCUCCUCCUCCGGUUUUAUCCCUGACAAUCUUGUCUCUAUUCUGGGCCUGCUUCUCAGGAAGGAGUGAGACGUGACGUUCUCUGACAGCUUCCAUGUACACUUAUCUCUUUAAGCUUGCCCAGAGCUCUAUCCCCUUUUUAGCCUCAGACGGACUCUGCAAGUCAGCUCUGAAGAACAGCCCCAGCCAUGCGAUCCUUCCUAAAGAGGCUAAUGUCAUUAAGCGCUGUAUUACAUCACUGACAGUAAUUAUAACAAUCCCCGCUGCCCUGGAAACUGUACCUAGAAAUGGACCACAUGCCUUUUAUUAUCAGAUUGGGUUGUUUAAGGAGAAAUGACUUUUAAGAAUUUGUCUUGUUCAGCCCCAUGACUCUUGACCAUCAUUUUCUGACACCGUUGACCUCACCUACAUCUCAAACUGCAUCAUUGUUUACCCACCCGUCCACCGAGAAAACACAGACCUACUCUUUUAAUUUACAACAGGCACAGUAUGACGUUUGAUCAGCUGCAUUAGCACAAUUCACUGCACUGUUGACUCAUACCUGGUGGUAGCAUUUUAUUUCAGUCCAAGGUCCACCAGCUGCCCCACAUAUCUUGAAUAAGGUCAGAGGAAAUCCAACAGACGGGAUGUGAGGACUGGGAUGAGCACCAGUAAGAACAUGUGAUUGUGUGCUGGAAUCAAAAUGACAUUUUAUUGACCCCAAGCAGCCCAAAUUUCAAUUCGGUUUUUAAUUCUUGCCUGUCAAUAGUCAGUGUCUUCAGCUUGAACCUUGUUUUUAUGAUGUAAGAUGUUAUGUGAGGAAAAAGGAAGAUCUUUCAGUUGGCUUUGCAGAGCACUUAGAAGUUAAUCUCUAAUAAGCAUAUCUCUGAGUUGAGAGGGACUGUUGCUACAACAUUUUCGUUGUGUAUAGCAGCAUGUUGAUGGAGCCUGCAUACCUUAAAGGGUAAAAAUAACACAAUGUCUGUUUUUUUUUUUUUUUCUGCCUGUAGGUAUCACGUGGGGGAAAGUGGUGUCCAUGUAUGCAGUAGCAGGAGCCCUGGCAGUGGACUGUGUCCGACAAGGCCAUCCAACCACUGUCCACAUUUUAGUGGACAGUCUGGGCCAGUUUGUUCGCAAGUUUCUGGCUCCGUGGCUGAAGAGAAGAGGGGGAUGGGUAAGUGGCCUCUGCUGUAUAAUCAAGUUUCUUGUAUAUUUGUCUUUUGGUUUCUAAGAUAUUUUGGGUUAGAAAAAGUUAUGUGAACCAGGAUGACAUUUAAGUUGAAAAGAGUGGAAAACCACUGCUACAGAAUUCUCAUCUUUGAGCUCUUCUGGCCUGAAACUUUGUCAUUUUUCUACAGUACUGUGGUGUAAUUUUGCCUUAUCCAAUACAGAGGUUUGCAGACAAAACAGUUUUCUCUGAGUUAUCUGAACACACAUAUUUUUAGUUUGGAAACUCAUGGACUUGAGUUAUUUUAGUCUUACAUAGAACAUACUUGUCAAACAAACCAGGAAUGCUUUGGUUUUCUUAAAGCUAAUUUGGGAACAGAGUGGGAACCCAGAGACAAAAAUAAAAGGCUAAACAGUUGAGGGUUUUAGCAUUUGUACUGUGACUUUAGCAUUCAGCCUAGAGCAUAUGUAGGAUCCUAAAAAUGACCCCUUGUAUGUCUCCUUCUGAGGAGUUUUUUUUUUGAAGUAUGGAUUGUCUUUUUGUUAUACACAGUUUUUGUCAACGCCCCUUUUUUCCACGACUAGACGUGACAUUGACAUUUAAACAUAAGUCUUAGAUGACUAAAAUGUGACGAGACGAAUGUGCGUUUACAUUGACGAGACGAGACUAGACGAAAAUGUUAGUGGUGGACGAUGAACAGGGUUGCAAAAUUCAUUAGCAUUUCGUCAGUCAAACGCUAAACAUAUAUUCUCGCAGACACAAAACAAUGAGCACCGAGAGAAUUCAGUCAGAUUUAAUAUUUAACCGUCUGAGAGUUUAGUCUGAAUUUAGCCUGAAGGAAGAACAACAGGAGGGAGAGGAGGAGUGUGUGUGAGAGAGAGAGAGAGAGAGAGAGAGAGAGAGAGAGAGAGAGAGAGAGAGAGAGAGAGAGAGAGAGAGAGAGAGAGAGAGAGAGAGAGAGAGAGAGAGAGAGAGAGAGAGAGAGAGAGAGAGAGAGAGAGAGAGAGAGAGAGAGAGAGAGAGAGAGAGAGAGAGAGAGAGAGAGAGAGAGAGAGAGAGAGAGAGAGAGAGAGAGAGAGAGAGAGAGAGAGAGAGAGAGAGAUGUUUUCGGUGGUAAUUUUUACCUCAUCAUACAUUCGUUGUUAAACUUGGUUUCUGACACUUUCCUGAUUUCUGACACCUACCUCUUAAACUAAUCUGCAUAAAGAAGAUAACAGCAACCAUACCAUGAUUAUUGAUCCAGUAUCUCUUAAGUUGUUGAGUACCAUAGGAACCUUGGAUCACAUUUCUUUGUAAACAUACUGGCGUUUUAACAUAGUGUAUAGGCCAAAGCAAAAAAAAAAAAAAAAAAAAAAGACUUUAGCUUAGCACAGCUGCUUGUAGGGCUGGGCGAUAUGGCCUCAAAUCAAUAUCAGGAUAUAUUAAGCAAUUCACCUCGAUAAUGAUAAAUGGACAAUAACUACUCCACAAGCUGCUCACCCCCUCCCACAUUAACUUUGUCUACUUCAGCCGCCGCUCCAGCCGCUACAACUUUUGAACCCUCCUCCAUUUCCUCACCUGUCUUUCCCUCUUUGUUAUGGACUGGAACGGGGGGGGAGUCACGUCCAUGACGUAGGGCAGCAUCUUAAAGGGACAUGAAACCAUAGCUUACCUACACACAUCCAAAACCAACUUUUAUUUAGAAAUUUUUUUGGACACCAAAUAUACCGAUAUGGGCAAAAUGACAUUGGUUAUUGUCAUAAAUUUCAGUAUCGGUAAAUUUCGGUUUAUCGCCCAGCCCUAGAUGCUUGGACUCAUGUUGCUUACUUACUGCAGGUCCUUCUGGGGUAAAUUUUCCCAAUAUUUGAUUGCGGCUGCUUUUGCCACCAUGAAUUGUGUAUCAUUUACCAUCACUUUCUGACCAACCUCAACAUCCAAUUUAUAAAUUCCAUAACUAAUGAUAUCACUGCACACACUCAUCUCUUAGGUUUAGCAGCUGAGUACAGUAUGUCAUUUUCGGGGUGGAUUGUAGAGGCGAGCUGUCACCAGUGUUACCCUCCUCUUCACUGUCACACUGAUGGAGCCCAAUGUUUCCCAUAUAUAGACGUGAAGCUGGAAGGAGAGUGAGCAACUCUCUGUCCACUUAAUGGUGAAGCUCAAAUUUGGCAGAAGUGACACAAGUGUUAGUAUCUUUAAUACAACUUCCUUCCUGGAGCCAGUCAGCUAAAGCAGCCGGUGCAGAUAAAACAACACUCUCAUCCCCCCUCCUGUGUGAUGGCGCCACACAUCUGAGAAAAGACCGACUUUACCUCCUUUUAAAUUUGAUAUCACAACAUGGUUUAACACAGAAACAUUAUCAUGGUUUUUAUUCAUGGUAGUCUGAUCUAUUUGUUUUAUGUUUUUAUCAGGUGGAAAUAACAAAGUGUGUGGUGAAAAAGGAUCUAAUGCCUGAGCAGAACUGGCUAUCCACCAGCAUUGAUUCCUUAAAGUAUUUCCUCACAACGGUGUACGUCUACAUCAUGAAGGAGCAGUGA